AGGCAUGGAUAAUCAGACGGUGCUGGCUGUGCAGUCCUUACUAGAUGGUCAAGGAGGGGCGACCGAUCCAUCUGCUCAAAAUGUCAGCUCAUCCACCACCAUCCAGUCCAUGGAUGAUGAAGAUGUCUUUCUGUGUGGGAAGUGUAAGAAGCAAUUCAACUCAUUGCCUGCGUUCAUGACCCACAAGAGAGAGCAGUGCCAGGGAAAUACCCCUUCCCUCUCCACCGUCUCCCUGGCCACCAACAGUGGGUACACCCCGUCCAUCACCUCGCUGCAGCAGGCUCCAAAUGCCAGUCGACAGCAAAUUUCUACAUACAUCACGGUUCCUCCGUCUCCUUUGAUCCAGACCCUUGUGCAGGGGAACAUCUUGGUUAGCGACGAGGUGCUGAUGUCGGCCAUGUCUGCCUUCACCUCCCUGGACCAGCCGAUGCCAGCGGUGCAGCCCUCAGUGCAGAGCAGCUUGAAUAUGCACACUGGGGCUGGCUAUCUCUCCCAGCCCCCUCCGCCACCCCCGCCUCCUCCGCCGCCCCCUCCGCAGCCGCCACCGCCUCCCCCACCAAGCCUGGGGGCUCCGGGGCAGCCCGGUGCUGGGGGUGGUGGCGUGGUCGAAGUGUACAGCGCGCCUGCUCCCAUGGCAGCAAGCAGCACGGUGGAGAUCCAGUCACUGGGGAUGCAGCCCUAUCCACCCAUAGAGGUACCGAGCCAGUGUGUGGAAAAUCCUGUAUAUCCCUCUCCUCCUGUCUUCAGCCCUGGGAAGCAGGGAUUCAAAUCCAAGAGCACCAGCGCUCCCACACCUUUGACCAGUGCAGGAGGAGGCAACGUGGUUGGCUUUGAUUCUGCCUCUGCUGCCAAAAGUAGACGCUCCAGAGCCGAGAGCGGGCUGCUUGAAGGGAAACUCAAGUCCCCCAAGCUGAAAUGCACUUAUUGUGACAAGGCCUUUACCAAGAACUUUGACCUGCAGCAGCACAUCAGAAGUCACACAGGUGAGAAGCCCUUCCAGUGCAUUGUGUGCGGCCGAGCCUUCGCCCAGAAGUCCAACGUGAAGAAGCACAUGCAGACCCAUAAAGUGUGGCCUCCAGGGCUGGGGUGCACCAUCUCCCGCAACUCCAUUACGGUGCAGGUCAUGGCUUUGAACCCCAACCAGACGGAGGAUGAGGAGAACACAGGUUUGAGUGAGCCCUCAAGGAACCCUGUGCAAGCUCCCCAAGACAUGGCCCCGUUGGAGGAGAGCGAGGCAGGCAAGCUGGAAGCCAAGCAGGUUGUCUUGAUUGAUAGCUCUUACCAAUGCCAGUUCUGCCCCAACAAAUUCAACACUUACUUCCAGCUCAAAUCACACAUGACGCAGCACAAGAACGAGCAGGUAUAUAAGUGUGUGGUGAAAAGCUGCGCUCAGACCUUCCAGAAGCUGGAGUCCUUCCUCGAGCACAUCAAGAGUCACCAGGAGGAGCUGAGCUACCGCUGCCACCUCUGCAGCAAGGACUUCCCUUCCCUGUACGAGCUGGGUGUCCACCAGUACUCCCACAGCCUGCUGCCUCAACACAGCCCCAAGAAGGAUGUGGCCAUGUACAAAUGUGUGAAGUGUGUAAAUAAGUACUCCACCCCGGAAGCCCUGGAGCAUCAUCUGCAGACAGCAACGCACAACUUUCCCUGCCCUCAUUGCCAGAAGGUGUUCCCCUGCGAGAGGUAUCUGCGCCGACACAUCCCCACGCACGGUGGGGGCAGCAAAUUCAAGUGCCAGAUCUGCAAGAAGUUCUUUCGCCGGGAGCACUACCUCAAGCUGCAUGCCCACAUCCACUCGGGAGAGAAGCCCUUUAAGUGCUCGGUGUGUGAUGCAGCCUUCAAUCGGAAAGACAAACUCAAGCGGCAUAUGCUGAUUCACGAGCCUUUCAAGAAGUAUAAAUGUCCCUUCUCGAGCCACACAGGCUGCAAUAAAGAGUUUAACAGACCAGACAAGCUGAAGGCUCACAUCCUGUCCCAUUCAGGGAUGAAGAUCCACAAGUGCCAGUACUGUAACAAGUCCUUCAGCCGCCGAGCCCACAUGAUGGAACAUCAGCGCUCGCACACUGGCAACUACAAGUACCGCUGCCCCACCUGCAGCAAAGGCUUCACGCGCCACAAGUAUAUGAAGGACCACAAGUGCCACCUGGGCUCACCCAAGGACAAAGACCUGCAGCUCAGGAAGCCCCAGAAGAAGCGAGUGGCGCGGGGGCGCAAGGGGGGCCUUUCCCUCCCCAGCCAGCUGGCCCUGGCAGAGCUGAAGGACGGUGCUGCUGGGGAGAGCGCCCGGGAGAGCAGCCCAAACAAAGAACAAUUCCAAGAGUCGGACACUGUCCUGUCCAUUGUAGUGGGGGGGUCAGGAGCUGCUGAAUCGGACUUGGUUGUCCCGGGGCAGCCCAGCAACAUCGCGUCCAAUUUGGCCCUGGCAGACUUACAGGCUGCCUCGGAUGGCCCUUGCACCAUGCUGGCUGUGCCUGUUUACAUCCAAACAACUGAGUGAGGAUGUGUAGGGCCACUGUGUGGCUGGGACCUGCUGCCAGGGGUGUCAGACUGUGCUGAAAAUUAUCACAGUGAAAGACCAAAGCCCUUGUGGGGAGGUAGAUGGAUAUGAGAGAGCAGCUUUCAUUUCCACUUGUUCUUCCCUUCCUUGGGCAAAGGACUAUCUAGAGCCAUUGCUGGCUAGAAGGCACUGAAGGGAACAGCUCCAUAUUGUCCUUCUACAUCCCUGGUCAGUAUAGGGCAAGAAGGACUAAGAUCCCUGAAUCAGGGUGAGAAAAAGGAGUCUACAGCCUCGCAACAAACAGAGCUGCUGAAACCAGAUGGCUUUGCAAAUCACAGCCUAUUCCAUCUGUGGUUUUUCUAGCCUAAAAUUUGUAUUGCCCAGUAUUUGGGUGGUCUAAGAGCAAACAAAUGAUCCUUCCUAGUGGAAGCGAGUUCAUCCUGAAAUCCUUUGGGAACACUGUUCAGAAAUACCCUUGAAUCACGUCUGGUAUCUUUCUCUUCUCCGUCCUUAUCAGCAGAAGGAUGGCCUUGUCUGUACUACCUGUGCUGUGAACACCAUGGAGCUG